CUUAUAUAAGUGUCAGGCCGGUGACUGUCAGUCUCUUAUUUGGAGAUAAAUAUCUAAGGAACCCCAGUGACACACUUGUGAUAUUAAACUAAAGUGUUAUGGCCUCAGUGAAGAAAUCAGCUUUACAUCUGGACAUUGUGACGGCAAAGUCACCUGCCAACCAAUACCUGCUACAUUUAUUGGAAGACAAGAGAACAGUCUCCUUUCAGCGGCCAACAGAAGAACGGAUACAAGUUGUGUUUGAGGUGCUGGACACACUGACACCACAGCUGGGAGUCUUCUCUAAAGUAUUAAGACUCAUCAGAGCUGAACUACAUGAUGCCAUUUAUAGUUCGACUAUCUCUGCAAGUCCAGUUUCAAAGAAUUCUGACUCUUUGAUGAAUGUUCCUUAUUUCACUCUUGUGAGCAGGAUGAAGGAUGAGCGCAAUGACGACAUGGAGAAAGUACAAUCAGACCUUCAAAACGUCAAAGCAACUUUAACUCAAAGGGAAGAAGAGAAGCUUUGCCUCCAGAGUGAAAUCCAUGCACUAGAGGAAUCAAACAGAACAUUAGAGGCUGCGAUUGCUGAACUGAGAUUGGAGGCUGAGAAGAACAGAAGGAAAAUCAAAGAGUUAGAGAAAGAUCUGGAAGCCGAGUGCAAGCGCGGGAGAACUGAGAAACAGGAGCAGGAACAAUUAAUGGCAAAUAUUCAAGAUCAGUUAAAUACGGCCCAGAGUGAAGUAGAACAACUGGACGAGUACAGACAGAACUAUGAGAAUCUGCACAGAGCUUUCCACUCGCCCCUGGCAAGAAAGAGGCAGAACGUCUUAUCACCAGUGUGGAAGGUUCCGGCAGGACAAUCGUCUCCUGCCCAUCAGGCAAGUUCUCGUCGGGUUCUGUCUCGGCACAAACACGCGGCUGGAUAUUAA